AUGUGUUGGGCUGCUGGUGAAGAAUCUGUUAGGGAGGCGAUGCACAUGGAAAUUGUUGUUGGGACAUUUUAUCCCAAUGUUGCUAGCUUUACUUCCAUCCACACUGGGGAAAUGGUGGAUGUUGUUGAUUCGUUUGUCACAUAUGACUAUGCCACCCUGAUGAAGUUAGGCUCUUUAGACAUCAAUGGUCUUUGUCAACUUUGUGCUGAUGAAGACAAUGGUGGAGCAGGUCCCAUCGGUACUUCAAAAGUUAUUGUCCUGGAUGGAGGCAUGGGUAUGUGA